AGUCGGUGUGAGCGUCAUUUCAGGAGCUGUGUCAAUGUAAAGCUCGUCCGACAUGGCUUCGGGUUCUGUUUACGCGCUGUUAGCGGGUUUCCUCGGUGCCGCCGCCUCUCUGUCUGCUAAGCUGUCCAUCGGUGCCGACUACCUGAGGGGCAUGUGUGAGUCCGGGCUGAGCGGCUGGGCUCCAACAGAAGCUUCCGCACUCUGUGACUGGCUUCACGCGCCCCUCAGGCUGCUGUGCGCGGGCCUGCUGUUCUGCUGUAACGCGGUCAUGUGGACCAUGUUCUCCAAGGCUCUUCAUCACUCCUCCUCCUCAGCCAGGGCCACCGUCACCACCACCGCCUCCAACUUCAUCUCCUCUGGCAUCCUGGGGAGGUUCAUGUUCGGGGAGAGCCACAGCGCAGUGUGGUGGACAGGCAUCUGUCUCGCUCUGGGUGGACUGCUGCUGCUUCAUGCUUCUGCUCCACACCCCCUCACACACGAGGAAACACCAAAGGACAAGUGA